AUGAAUGUGGGUUGCAUGAUGUUGAACAAAAAUAGGAAUGAGCGUUUGUUUGACGAUGGUAACUUAGAUAAAGUGAAGUUUAGUUACAUGAUGGCUCUUCGCUCAAGUUAUCUUGUUUUGCGCCGUGAAUCUCAUGAUGGUCAUUUUUAUGUUGAACCAUAUUCCCCUCAUCGAUUUGGUAGACAAUUCGGUUUUUGUCAAGAGAUCACAGGUGUACUUCGUCGUGGUGUGGACGAGCGAAGUGUAACUUACUAUGAGGCAUUGAGGUAUUGGUCAAUCAUACUCUUCAAAGACAGUCGAUCUCGAGUAUUCACCCCAAGUCAGUCUCUCAAUUGGAAGGAAUUGGUGACACCUGAGUUCAAAAAGGUGUGGCCUACAAUAAGUAUAGGCGAUUUGAGAAAAGGUGUUGAUGUUCUUUGUUCGGGUGCAGUGUCUGACACGUCCAAGCCUAAACAAUGUCAAGGUAACGAGAAAGGGGUACUUCGUCAAAGAAGUGAUGUCAUGCAUCCGGAGGGGACUGACGACAGUCGUAAACGACGUUCUUCCAGAAUAGACAGUGCUCAACGCCCGUUGAUUGGACUUGACAACAAUGAUAAGACUGCUAGCGAUGCCGAGUCUGAUGUCGACUUCAAACACAGACGAAGGGUAAGACAAAACUCUGAUGACUUAAGUAUGGACGUCGACGACUUGGGCGCUGAUAGGUUUUUCUUGGACGUUCCCGAAUCAUCCGUUGUACCAUCCAACCUUGAAAUAGACGGUGAUCUCGACUUGGAAGUUGAUAUAGGGAAUACUGCGACUGACUAUCUGUUUGCACAGGGUGACGACCCGUUUCUCCCUAGAUCAACUCCUGGAAAAGGGAAAGGGUUGACUGUCAUAAAGGACUUGGCUCCCCUAGGCUCGGCGCAGAUGAAUUCGAAUGUCAACUUAUCAUCUUCCCCCAAAAGUCAACAAUCAGUCGACGGCCCUAACUCUCUUGAAGUUGCUUCUAAGGCUUUGGGCGUUCGACCUUCUCCCGUGAAUGUCUCUAAUCAUGUAUCGAAGACUGUUCAUACCCAUGCCAUGUCUGUUAGUUCUUUUCGUCCGGGUCCAAAUUCUUCUACUAUCUUCAAUAAUGCAGUAAAACUGAUAGGUGCAGAAUAUUUACGCCUAUUGCAGAGCACACCCUUUCUCGAGGUUACCCAAAGAUAUGAAGAAGCUUCCAUGGUGUAUAAGGGAAUCCAACAACUUAGAGGUGAUCCAAGUUUGUUGAAACGCAAGGUAGACUCCUAUGUUUGGUCUGUCAAGUCUUAUCUUGCGUUGGAAGAGGCUGCAGCGAAGCGACAGAGAUCUGACCAGGUGGAGCGUGAGAUACACGCCCAAGCUGAGGUGAUUAGACAAGUCGAGUCUGACUUUGCCGAGGCACGGGAAAGGCAGAAACAGCUGGAGGAACAGGAUGUCGCGAUCACGAAGAAGAUAAACAGUCUUGAAGUUGAAUUGAAGGAAGCUCGUGAGAUCAAGAGUUACUUGGUAGGUGACUUGGCGACUAGUGGUACAUCUUUGGCAUCUCUUGAGGAUCAAGUAAAGGUUGCGAAGCAAAGUCUUGACGAAUUGGAAUCAACGCCUUUUGUGAGUGCUGAAGAGAUCUCUCAACUCGAAGAACAGAAGACGCACCUACAAGAGCUUCAAUCCAUGAUUAAGCCCUAUGAGUGGAUGGAGUGA